CCUCUUGGACGCCUGGCUGGAAGUCGGCAGUCUUGCUUCCUGUGACCUUGGGGGCUCAAACAGGACAGAGCCCAGGGGGCCCAGUGCACAACCUCCUUCAAGCCUUUACCUUUUUUCUUCAUCGCUCCUCCUCUGUCGCUUCUUCCCCGCCCCCCACUGCCCGAAACUGCUUCCUGGGCCGGAACUGUUGGCUUUUUCCUGCCCCAAUUAGGGCUGUGGGUGGGGGUAGGGAGGUUCGCGUGGCCUUUUACUUUCUGGGGACAUGGAGCCCAGGAAGGCGGUACCUGGGGUGCACAGCUGCGGGCCUCGGGUGGCCGCGGGGUCAGGGACGGCGGCGGAGCUCGUGUACCAUCUAGCGGGGGCCCUGGGCACGGAGCUGAAGGAGCUGGCGCGCCGCUUCGGGCCGGAGGCGGCGGCCGGGCUGGUGCCGCUGGUGGUGCGGGCGCUGGAGCUCCUGGAAAAGGCUGCCGUAGGGCCGGACCCAGACUCACUGCAGGUGUCAGCGCAGCAGGCCGAAGUGGAGCUGCGGCGGCUGCGGGAGGAGAACGAGCGCCUCCGCAGAGAGCUGCGCUCCGGCCCACAGGAGGAGCGGGCUCUCCUGAGGCAGCUCAAGGAGGUGACCGACCGCCAGCGGGACGAGCUCCGGGCGCACAACCGAGAUCUGCUCCAACGCAGCCAGGAGACCGAGGCGCUGCAGGAGCAGCUGCAGCGCCUCCUGCUGGUGAACGCGGAGCUGCGCCACAAGCUGGCAGCGGUGCAGACCCAGCUGCGCUCCGCGAGGGACCGCGAGGGAGAGCGGGAGCUACCGCACCAGGGGGCGGUGGAGCCGGCGCGGGACUGUGCCGGGGGGGCCGGGGACGCACAGAGGCGGGGGUCCGAGCGGGCAACCGCCGACGCAGGAGCUCCGGGGACCCCUGAGGACCAGGCGGCUGCCCUGCAGCAGCCAGGGCGCCCUUCCGAGGCAGGACAGUGCAGCUUCAGUCGAGAGGAGCUCGAGCAGAUCCUUCAGGAGCGGAAUGAGCUCAAAGCCAACGUGUUCCUGCUGAAGGAGGAGUUGGCCUACUUCCAGCGGGAGCUGCUCACAGAUCACCGGGUCCCUGGGCUUCUCCUUGAAGCCAUGAAGGUGGCUGUCAAGAAGCAGCGGAAGAAGAUCAAGGCCAAGAUGUUAGGGAUCCCAGAGGAAGCAGAGAGCAGUGAUGAUGAAGACAGCUCAUGGCUCCUGCCCUCUGGCAAUAAGGGGGCCCACCCUCCACCCACUGAAUCCAGAAUCCAGCGUUUCUUUGGCCUGUCCUAUCAGGGUGAAACAGAGGCCCCUGAAGCCCAGACCAGCACGGUGCCCAGUGAGCUAGGGGGAGAAGAGGAGGCUCUACAGGAACCCCAUAUGUGGCCUGUGGGCAGCUCUACAGUCCUCAAUUCCUGACUGGCU